AUGGUUUGUACUAGCUCGGUGGACUUUACCAUUCAGGGCCCCAACCGGUCGUUGGCAUUUUCGCCCGCUCGCGGGUUUGACGUGUGGAUGGGCAACAACCGCGGGACGACCUUCUCCAAGUGGCACCGCUCGUUGAGCGCGGACUCGAAGCGUUUCUGGAGGUUCAGCUUUCACGAGCUGGGGCUGUACGAUUUGGCGGCCAUGGUGGACUACGUGCUCGGUGUGACUGGGAGUGAUCGGUUGCAGUUUGUUGGGCUGUCGCAGGCUGCGGCAACCUUCUUGGCGUUAACCAGUCUGAGGCCGGAGUACAACGAGAGGUUUGCUGGUGUCCACUUGGUGGCUCCGGUGGCGUUCUUACAUCAUACAACGAGUUCCUUACGCGUACUUACAUCGUACUUGGAUUUGGUUAGUGAAAUUAGUCAUGAUUUGAGAGGGUACGAACUGCUUGGGAGGGGAUUCGACGGUUCCCCCAUGGAUGCAGUAGCGAUUGCUGUGAAGUCCGGAGUAAUACCAGUGGAGAUGGUCCUCAAGGGUGUUUGGAUGCUAUUUGGCUACCACGACUCAAUCGAACGAUCGCUAGUUCCCGAGAUUAUGCAAUACACUCCGGCAGGAGCCUCCAUCUUCCAGGUGAUCCACUUUAUGCAGAUCUUCAAGGCCAAAAGAUUUCAGCAGUACGACUUUGGCACGGUUGAGAACCUCCAGCGGUACAACUGCAGCGUUCCUCCGGAAUACCCGCUAAACAGGGUAACAGCUCCGGUUCACAUCUACCAUAGUUCGUUCGACCAUCUGAAUCAACCUGGGGAUGUUGAGGAGCUCAUACGACGACUACCGAAUGUGGUGCAGAAGUAUCAAGUUCGAGGAUGGAAUCAUUUGGACUUCUUCUACAGUUCUGAAGCUCACGUGCUGUACAAAGUGAUUCUUUCGACGAUAAAGAAGAGUUGA